AAGAAUAAUAGUCGUGCAAAAAAAAAAAUAAUAAUAAAAGGAAAAACAGUUAUUUCGAAAUCAAUUGCGCUACUAAGCAGAAAAGAAAAAAAGGGCAUUUGUGUAACGUGAGGGCGGAGAAGUGUGCAGAAUUAAAAAGUGAAUAAUUUCAUAUGAAUGUGCUUAAUAAAAAAAAACGAAUAAAUCAGGAGUUCGAUAAAAAUAUUUGUGAAAAGUAAAAAAUUUUUAAUAGUCGUGUGUGUGUGCAACAUAUCUGUGUAUGUGAUUGCAUUUAGUCUGAUAAAUUAAAAAAAAAAGCAACCCCGCAUCAGGAGUGACAAUUUUGCGUACCAUUUGCUUUGCUUCAAAUUGCAGGAGUGAUUUCCUGAAAAUCAAAGACCAGAAAUGACUUCAACCAGUUCCAAUAGUUCUAACGCAGGUAGCUCUGAUUCAAAUAGAGAUAUUAAUACUGCAGAAGGCGUGGCCAAAACGAAUAAGAAUCGAAUUAGCAUCUCCGCAACUGCAUCCAGUGAUGGUGAUAGCAACAGUGAUUCCACAGCGGCGGCUUUAUUACAUAAUAACAUUGAAUUGGAAUACAAUAGAAUAGCAAAUGAUCGAAAUGGUUGGCAACGUUUAUAUCAGGAAAUUCGUGAAAAAUGUGAACGAGAAGCCAAUGAGAAACACUUUGGAACCAGCGAAUCAGAAAAACCUCAUAAUCGUUGUCUCAAUCGAUAUCGCGAUGUCAAUCCUUACGAUCAUUCAAGAAUCAUUAUACAUCGCGGAAGCGUUGAUUAUAUAAAUGCAAAUUUAGUCAAGCUUGAACGUGCAGAACGGAAAUACAUAUUGACACAAGGGCCAUUGGGGGAUACUGUGGGACAUUUUUGGCUAAUGAUUUGGGAGCAAAACACAAAAGCUAUUCUCAUGCUUAACAAAUUAAUGGAGAAAAAACAAAUCAAAUGUCACAUGUACUGGCCAGAACGCAAAGGGUCCGAAUGUGCCCUCAAAUUGGACGAGGUUAAUUUGAUGGUAGAGUUUUUGCGUUGCGAAAGAUACAAAAACUUUUGUCGCCGAUGGUUGAAAUUGACGGACCUUGAGACAAAUCAAAGUCGUGAAAUAUUACAAUUCCAUUACACAACCUGGCCUGACUUUGGCAUACCUAGUUCGCCAGUUGCUUUUUUGCAAUUCUUAAAAGAAGUACGUGACUCGGGUGCCUUGGAUACAAAUGUGGGACCUGCGGUAGUACAUUGCAGCGCCGGAAUAGGUCGUUCAGGAACAUUUUGUUUGGUAGAUUGCUGCUUGGUACUGAUCGACAAGGAGGGCGUAAACAAUGUAUCUGUUCAGAAUGUUUUGUAUGAAUUGCGUAGGUAUCGCAUGGGACUAAUACAGACCGCCGAUCAAUUAUAUUUUUCAUAUCAAGCCAUCAUUGAGGGUAUUAAAUUACUUAAAGAUCCGGAAUUUCUUAAUUACAAGGAGGCAUCUAUAAUUGCCAGCGAAGAUACAUUAUCACGCCAAGACCAAUGCAAUUUAGACGAAAUACCACCGCCCUUACCACCGCGCACGCAUUCCCUCUUACCAAUUAACGAUGCUGAAGGAUCUUUCGAUUUAAGAGCUCUUACUCACAGCAAGCCUCUUCCCAAAAUUCCGGCCAGUGUCAGUUUUAACGAUGAUUUGUACGCGUCAGAAAACAAUGUCAAGAAAGAUGCUUUGAACAAUUUUAUUAACAACGAGAGAAACACGGAAAGUAUGUCGAAUAGACCACUUCCGCCACUGCCAAAACAUCAUCAAAACUCCCUACAUCGCGUUCGCGAAUUUGACAGCGAUGAUAAUGAGUUCUUUGAGGAUAAUGAUAAUAGCGAAGAGGACGAUAUAGUAGACGAGGAUGAGGAAAAAUGUGAUGCGGAUGCCAAUGACAAAAAUACAAAUGAAGUUAAUCGAAAUGACAGCAAUAGGUCACAAAAUAAUCACAAAGAUCAAGCAAAUGACAAUGAUUUAAUCAAGUUGAAUGGCUUAGAAUCGACUAGCAGUGCCAAUUUGAGUCCGGAAAAUGAACUACGCCGCAGGAAACGCGCUGAACGCCAGGCGAAUAUCGAACAAAAAGUCAAUGAAAUCAAACGGAAGCAACGCGAGAACGAAGAGAGCAAGCAAACAGCGAAAAAACGAAGGUCAAUAAUAACAUAUAUAACGGCGGGUGUUAUUGUGGGUGUUAUUUGUGUGUACGCUUAUUCAAAAUGGGCCUAAGACCAUCAAACAUCAUCGUCGGUCUCGCUCACCUAUCCCUUUUUCCCAUAUCUCAAAGCUAUCUUUUUUUAUUUUCACUUCCGUUCAGUCUCAAUUUUUUGAAAUUUGUGGGCGUGUACGUGCGUUUUGUUUUGUGUGUGUAUGUGUGUGUACGUGCGUAUGCGCGCGUACAUAAAUCUGAGUAACCGAUAUUUCAGCAUCUACGAUUCAUGAGUGAGACAACAGAAAUCACAAAAUUUCAGAAUACAAAAAAAAAAAAAAAAAAAAAAAAAAAGAAACGGACACUCUCGGAGAGCGCUAUACAACACAUUAGAAAAUAUUUAAACCUCUGAUACUACCUGUUGCACACAUUAAUACACUUAUACGAACGAAGCAUUAUUAAAACUUGUUUUUACUUUCGCUCUUAUUGAUUUUACCUAUAAUGCUUAAAAACUAAUUUGACUUUUUCUAAUAUAAUGUAAGUAAAUAAGCAAUUUAAAUUAAUUUUGACUUUAGUGUACAAUUUCAACGUUUCUUCUCUAUUAAAAAGAAUAUAUAUUUAUACUUUAUUUGUUGCUAUCAAGUCAAAUGAUUUGAUUUAGUUGCUUUCCCCUAUUGCGCGAGGUAACAAUGUGAAAAACUUUUUGUAAAUGAAUCUACAACAGACUGACUAAAUACAAAUUUUUUACACACUUAAUAUAUUAUAUAUAAAAAACAAAAACAAAAACAAAAAAGAAGAGUAAGUAAAUUUAAUAUCAAUUAUGGAUCAGUGUGAAAAAAUUCUUGUCGAGAAGUAAUUAAAUUAAAUUGCACUCAAGCAUGCGUAAAAAUAUCCUUUCAUAGCUGUUAUUCAAAUAUGUUGUCAUUGCGUUUAAUUUAUAACCAUUAAAAGAAUCAAGGAAAA